AUGCAAGAGACCGGGAAGAAGUUUGAGAAACUCAAAAUACAACAACUGCCGAGGGAAGAGAACCAGAAGGCAGACCUCUUGGCCAGAGUAGCCAGCGCAAUCGAACAAACUUGGAGCGAGGACAUCACUUUGGUGUUCGAACCUACGAGGGAAGCGGUUGCACAAGUAUACAACAUUGAAACUAGGGAUGAUUGGAGAACUCCCAUCAUAUACUAUCUGAAGAAUGGUGAACGAAUGAAAGAGGAUACUUCACGAUACGCCAAAUAUGAGAAUUAUUGCCUCAUUAGCGACCAGCUUUUUAAAAGAUCCUUCACACACCCAUUUCUGAAAUGUUUGGCUCAUGAAGAAGCACAGUUUGCCUUAGAAGAGAUCCACCACGGGUGCUGUGGUAAUCAUGCCGGGUACAAGGACUUGACAAGGAAAGUGAUCAGGGCAGGAUUCUAUUGGCCCGGAAUCAAAGGCCUUCAUGCAAAAUUGCGAGGCCUGUCAGAGGGAAUCGACAUCGUAGGUAAACUACCAACUGCUCCAGGAGGCAAAUAUUUUCUCAUAGUCGCUGUGGAUUACUUCUCUAAAUGGAUCGAAGCAGAGGCUAUCACAAAAAUUGAUGAUAGCACGGUGGAGAAAUUCCUAUGGAAAAACAUCUGCUGUCGGUAUGGGGUGCCAAGGAUCUUGGUCUCGGACAAUGGAACUCAAUUUACAAGUAAGAGGAUAGAGGAUUUUUGUUCCCGGAUGGAUGUCACACAGAAAUUCAUGUCAGUGGCGCACCCCCAAGCCAAAUGGGUUGAGGAGUUGGACACCGUGUUAUGGGCACUUAGAACCAGUCCGAAGACCGCAAUCGGAGAAGCCCCUUUCACUUUGGUGUACGGUUCAAAUGCUGUGGUACCUGCUGAGGUAAGACUGGAAUCCUACCGGAUCAUUACCUACGACACCGCACAGAACGAGGAAUUGCGUCGACUUGAUCUAGACUUGAUUAAGCUGCAGAGAGAGGAAGCUCAAGUGAGAGCAGCAAAGUACAAAAGCAUUAUCAAGGCUGGUUACGAUAAGAAAGUAAAGUUGUGCAGGCUUGAGAAGGGAGACUUAGUACUCAAAAGAGUAGAUAUCUUGAUGCCCACAGGAAAAUUCGAAGCUAACUAG